GCAUACACUUUUUUAUAGAUAGAUCUCAUGCUUUUCCUCUCCCCACGUACCCACAAAUUAAACCACACAAGAACUCAUCAGCUCCUCACUCUCUCCACCACCUUCUCCUCGAACCAAAAUAAUUAAAGCUCCCCUCUUCUUAAAUCCUAGCUACCUAAAUAAUCAUAACCACCCACACAUUCUCCGGCCCCGCUCCUCCGUCGUCGCAUCGUCCUGCCGCCAAAUGUACGCCCUCACACCGCGCUGCCACCUCUCCAGCCUCCCGCGCUUCUCCCCUGCGUGUCGCGUUGUCACGACUUCUCGCCCCCCGCCACUGCCGCCGCCGCCAGCAGUAUCGGUCGCGACAACCUCUAGUUCUCAAUUCGGCGGCCCCGCCGACCCCUCAUCGUUGCGUUCGACGUGGCCGCACCGUGCAUGGGUGGCGACCGGGUCCGCCACCGUGAUCGCCUCGUUGGUCAAAUCCGUCUCCGUCGCUGCAGCCUGCGGCGCAGCCGUGGAGCCCCUCCUCGGCGCCGUGCUCGGGUACUUGCUCGCCGACCUCGGCACCGGCGUCUAUCACUGGGCCAUCGACAACUACGGCGGCCCGUCGACCCCAGUUUUCGGGGCACAGAUAGAAGGGUUUCAAGGCCACCACAAGUAUCCCUACACCAUCACCCGCCGAGAGUUCGCCAACAACUUGCACGCCCUCGCACGCGCCGUCACCUUCACCGUCCCGCCCAUCCAAUUUUUAAUUUCUGGUAUAUCAAUAGGGGAUGGUAGCAUGGCAGCGGCAGCACACGCGUUUGUGGGCGUGUGCGCGGGGUGCAUCAUGCUGAGCCAGCAGUUCCAUGCAUGGGCCCACGAGAAGAAGGGGCGGCUGCCGCCGGCGGUGGCAGCACUUCAGGAGGCCGGAGUGCUGGUGUCGCGGGCGGAGCAUGCGGCUCACCAUCGGCCACCGUACAACAGCAACUACUGCAUAGUGAGCGGGGCAUGCAAUCGGGCGCUGGACGAGUCGAGGGUGUUCGAGGCCAUGGAGAUGGUGGUAUUCUUCAGGUUUGGUGUGCGGCCGCGGUCGUGGAGCGAGCCGGCAUCAGAGCGGAAGGAGCAAACUGCUCGUAUUGCCGGUAAAGAUUAAAUGCCAAUCCAAUAAAAUUCUGAACCCCAACUCACAUCUUAUUCUUAUGAUUCAUCAAAUAUUACGUCACCAACUGUCCCUAGAACAAGUGACAAAAGUUUUGAUUGCUGGUAUUCGAGAUCCAAGUUCGAAUUCUAGUUGAUUCACAUUUUCAGCUAUAUUUAUUUCUAAAUGAAAUAAAAUAAAGCGGAUAACGUGCUAUCUAUCUCUAAAAAUCAAAUAUUAUGUUGCAUAAGAAGUAGGCAUGCAGCAAACAGGACCUUCAAAUUUUGUUUUUUUAUUUAUUUUAGAAAUGUUAUUUAUUCGUACAAAGUGGAGUGCAAAUUUCCCACUAGCCAAUUUAAUAUUUUAAACAUUUUUUAAAAUUUUAAUAUUAAAAAAAAAAAGAAUAGUGUGAAAAUAUUUGUGGUGAAAUGUUCGCCUUCUGUUGGAAUAUUCCUUUGGAUGUGAAACUUGAGAUCGAAAUGCAUGGCUCUUCGCGUAUGCUAGGAAUAUUACAUUGGAAUAUUCUCAUAUUUUUGCAGUCGAAGUACUUGUUGUCACAUUAAUCAUACAGCAUACCAUUUCAUUCCAUAUAGAACUUGGAUAAGGCCAUAUUGGUUGUAGAAAGAAUUUUCACUUUGGUUGAUAAAGAGGUCGGGAUGAAAUUGUUGCAAA